AUAUAUACAUAUUAUUUGCCUAAAACUACUAUCCCUUCUCUCUCUUCUACCAUGAUUCGUUUCAGCUAUUAAUGGUGUCCCAGUUUGUUGAUAUUGGAAGGGCUUGAUCAGUAGAACACUCUCUUAAGGAUAUUAAGAGUUGAAACUUGAAAAUGGGAGGCAAACAGACCAAACCUCAGAGCUAUUACCGCAAUGCUUCUAGUGGUAGUGGCUAUCCGUCGAUUCCAAGCUCUACACCAUACCCUUCUUAUGUUGAAAAUUUUGCCAAUUCUGAUAAAAGAAGUAAGUUGCAGCAGUCAAGGUAUACGAGAAUUGGUGACGACUAUAGAUCCCUCGAGGAGGUUACUGGAGCUCUGGCUCAAGCUGGUUUGGAAUCUUCCAAUCUCAUUGUUGGCAUCGAUUUCACAAAAAGCAACGAAUGGACCGGUGCACGUUCUUUCAAUCGAAAAAGUCUACAUCACAUUGGAGAUUUUCAAAAUCCUUAUGAACAAGCACUAUCAAUCAUUGGAAGGACACUUUCAGCUUUUGAUGAGGACAACCUUAUUCCCUGUUAUGGCUUUGGUGAUGCAACUACACAUGAUCAAGAUGUUUUCAGCUUUUAUCCGGAGGAUAUGCCUUGCAAUGGCUUCGAGGAGGCACUUCUUCGUUAUAGAGAAAUAGUUCCACAGAUUCGUUUAGCUGGACCGACAUCCUUUGCUCCGAUGAUUGAAACUGCUAUUGGGAUAGUUGAUAAUAGUGGUGGCCAGUAUCAUGUUCUCCUGAUCAUUGCCGAUGGACAGGUGACACGAAGCGUGGACACAACUUUUGGCAAAUUGAGUUCUCAAGAGCAAAAUACAAUUGAUGCCAUUGUCAAGGCUAGUCAAUUCCCAUUGUCGAUUGUUUUGGUUGGAGUUGGUGAUGGACCGUGGGACAUGAUGCAUCAGUUCGAUGACAACAUUCCUUCUAGGACUUUUGAUAAUUUCCAGUUUGUGAAUUUUACAGAAAUUAUGUUGAGAAACAUCCCUACAUCGAAGAAGGAGACAGAUUUUGCCCUAGGAGCAUUAAUGGAAAUACCUUCACAGUACAAAGCAACAAUAGACCUCCAACUUUUGGGCUGCCGGAAAGGAAUUCCUGGGAGAAAUCCUCUCCCUCCUCCACUAGGGAACUACAAAUCGAGCAAUUCCUAUCCAAAGUACCCGAUAUCAAGCAACUUUGGACAAGGUUCAGGAGCUCAUCAUUCACCUUCUCCGGAUCAUUCAAAGAGUUAUCAACACAAUAGGAACUGUCCUGUAUGCUCAUGGAGUAAAAAAGAGCUUGCAUUUGGAUGUGGACAUCAGACAUGCUAUGAAUGUGGAAGGGACCUCACCUUCUGUCCAAUUUGCGCGAUUCAUAUUACCACGAGGAUAAAGCUUUAUGAGUGAUAGUUCGUUUCAAGGUUCAACAGCCUUCUACUGGAACAACACAAUAGUUUUCUUCAAUUAAGUCAGCACUCUUGGACAACCUUCUGGUUCUUGCAAGGUUUUUUAGGUACAUCUUUGAAAAAAUUGUGUUUUUCGAAUGCUGAAGAAUGACACUUGGUUCCUUCUAAUCUGAUUCUAUUUACUAAGUUUGAUGUGGGCACUUGAGAGUUUUUAGAGCGAUGUAUAAAGUAAUGAUAGUUAAUUUUUUUUUUUUUAAAUAAAUAAAUAAAAUGUUGCUUUUCCACUU